GGCCGACUAUCGUCGAGAAUCAACAUCUGCCACCGAUUGUGCACGUGUUUCUACAUGAUUAUGUACGAUUAAUUGUAAACAGUCGUGUAUAGGACUACCUAUAGUUUUACAAUCAUGUUGUCGCGAUUCACCAGAAUCUCACGGCUGUGCAACAACUGUUCAGUCUUUCGAAAUUUCUCGGAUCCUCCAAGAAUACGAAAGAGUCUUUUCACAACAGCCAGACAUCUACAACAGUCUGACCAAGGGACAAACCAGGGCGAGAACUUAAUACAGGUUGUCAAUACAGAGUUUGAGAGUCCUGAGAGAUGGCAGAAUCUACCCCUGAUGACAGGGAGGCCGGUGGAUGCCCCGGCGUGUCUAGAGAAGCCCCAGGCCUGGCUGGAGACAAUCAGCACCCUGGAGAAUAUCAAGCUAGGCAUGGUAGAUCUACAUCCUGAUGUCUUCGCAACCAUGCCCAGAAUUGAUGUUUUGUAUCGGAAUGUUUUAUGGCAAAGGGACUACAAAAGAAUAAGUUUAGCCAAGACUAAGACCAGGGCCGAGGUGAGAGGGGGAGGACGGAAACCAUGGCGACAGAAGGGAACAGGAAGAGCAAGGCAUGGUAGCAUCCGUUCACCGAUCUGGAAGGGAGGUGGUCGAGCCAAAGGUCCCCGCGGCCCAAGAAGCUAUUGGUACGAGUUGCCUGUCAAGGUGCGAGCCCACGGUCUGAGGGUUGCCCUGACCGUCAAGCUGGCCCAGGACAACCUGCACAUAGUGGACUCCUUGGACCUACCAUCACCUGAACCCCAGUUUCUGGAAGAUGUGGCCAUGCAAAGGCACUGGGGAGGAUCUGUUCUCUUCGUAGACAACAAACCUAUUCAAGAAAUGCCCGAGAAUUUCCUACAGGCAGUCAGCGGGAUCAAGACGUACAAUGUGCUAUCCACGGAAGGCAUGAACGUGUACAGCAUGUUGAAGCACCACACGUUGGUCUUGACGCUGGAUGCAGCAGAAUUCCUGGAGGAGAGGCUCCUGUUCUACAUGAGAUGCUACCGAAAGAAAGACAUUGUGGACACCCACAAAAUCCUGUUUGGUCAACUGAAAAUCCUUCCCUCCAAGAAAAUCACAACGGAAAACUGAAUGACAGCCCCAGAGAGGGAUAUCUGAAAAAAUUUUGUGAGCUUGUUUUGUCAGUUUUGGAGGCCUUCAUGCGAAACCUGGAACUGGAAGAGCGAACUCUACAAUAGUCAGUGUCUGCUCUUGCUAUAACUGCAGGUUGUUAAAACUGAGAAGUCCAGAUCUUCUACGGCCUUUUAUAGUUCUGCCAGUGACAGCGCUAGACUCGCAAUUUUAGGGCCAAGUAGAGGGCACACAUUAUGUUUUGGGUCAGUCAAUAUUAUUCAAAUAUUGACUGCUUCGAGUGGUGUAGUAAAACUAGCCUCCCGAGUUGAUCCAUGAAGCACCGCCGAGGGAAAAUAGAAUGCUCCCUGGUUCACC